UUGAGCUCAAAGCCACAGGCGCCAUUAGAAACGAAGGAGAAGGAGGAGGAGGAGGAGUAGCGAGGCGAGGCGAAGAGUGUGCGAGCGAGCGAAGCGACAGUCUGGCCGAGGUCUCACGGUCGACAUGGCUGAAGAAGAGCGAGAGCGCUCGAGGGACCAGGACUGUAAUCCGCAUGACAAUCUUUGAGAGAGAGAGAGAGAGAGAGAGAGAGAGAGAGAGAAGGAGAGGAUCAGAGCCCCCGUGAGGCCGAGGUGCGGAAAUCGUCGGCGGGGUUGUGCGGACUUUCGGAUCCAAUGUGCUUUGUGAGAUCUCGUGAGUGAGUGAGUGGGAGGUGUCGUAGUGUCGGGAGAAAUCGUGUCGUGAUCCGAGGGAGGGAGGGAGGGAGGGAGAGAGAGAGAGCGAGCGUGUAGGGCAGGGUGGACGGUGGAGGUGUUUGGUUUUUGAGUCGUAUCGGAAUCUGUGCUGAUCUUCGUGCUGGUGCACGAUGGGUUCCGUCAAGCCUUCCGUGAGGGUGCGGGGCAUUUCGGGGCCGAUUAUGGCCAAUGGAACGCCAGCUUACAAUGGCCACUUACGGGAUGAGCUUCGGGUGUUUGAGUCCGAUCAGUUCGAUGCCAACGCCUAUGUGCAGGGCAAGUGUCAGUCCAUGAGCGAAAAGGCCAUAAGGCAACUGUGUGCUGAAUUACAAGAUUUGAAGAGAGCCUCUGCGGAGGAGAUGCGAAAAAGUGUGUAUGCAAAUUACACUGCUUUCAUAAGAACUUCUCGAGAGCUUUCGGACCUCGAAGGCGAACUGGUGUCUAUGCGCAAUCUCUUAUCUACUCAAGAAACUUUAAUACGCGGACUGGCUGAGGGAACUUCUUUAGCUACGAUCAAAGCAGCGUCCGAGGAUACAGAGGAUAUUAGUUAUCUCACUCAUGAUACGACACCCUCUGAGCUAGAGAUACUUGCUCAAGUGCUUCCGGAUAAAUUAGAUGUUCUUUUAGCUGAGCGAAAAGUUCCAGCCGCAUUGUUAGCAUUGGAUGAUGGGGAAAGGUUGGUUGCAGAAGGACAGAGAACUGAAGGGAACAAGGAAAAUUCUUUUGUCGUCGCUCUUCAGGCUGCUCUAUCUGAGCGGAGGGCGAGACUAGCAGAACAGCUAGCUGAAGCAGCUAAACAACCGUCCGUCAGGGGAUCUGAACUACGAAGUGCUAUUGCAGCCCUCGAGAAGCUAGGGGACGGGCCCCGCGCUCACACUCUUUUGCUCAAAUCUCAUCACGAACGUCUUCAGCACAACAUCAGAACGUUGCGACCGAGUGGAACUUCCUACGGAGGGGCAUACACAGCUGCUUUGUCACAGCUUGUCUUUUCUGCAAUAGCACAGGCAGCACGGGAUUCGGUUGGUGUAUUUGGUGAAAGCUCACCGUAUGCUUCAGAGCUGGUACUUUGGGCUAGAAGUGAAACAGAAAAUUUCGCCUCGCUGGUAGAACGGCACGUUUUGUCUUCAUCAGCUGCAGCUGGGGGUCUUAGAGCUGCAGCAGAGUGUGUUCAGAUUGCUAUCGGGCAUUGUUCUCUCCUGGAAGACCAAGGAUUAGCGCUCUCAUCCGUUCUUACCAAACUUGUCCGACCGAGUGUCGAGCAGGCCCUAGAGGCUAAUCUUAAAAGAAUUGAGGAGAGUGUGGCCGCUCUGGCUGCGGCAGAUGACUGGGUUUUGACGUCUUUACCUGCCAGCCAAUCUCGUACGCAAGGUCGUGUUACUGUACCGGGCGGUGGAUUCUCCUUAACUGUGAAGCUGUCAAGCAGCGCACAUCGCUUCAAUGCAAUGGUGCAGGACUUCCUUGAGGAUGUUUCUCCACUCAUUAAUAUGCAGCUUGCUGGACAUGCGUUAGAUGGUCUAGCUUUAAUUUUUGAUUCAUAUGUAAAUUUACUCAUGAAAGCCUUACCAGCCCUUGCCGAGGAAGAGGAAGAAGAAUUUCAUAAAACCGACAUGAAUAAAGUGCAGCCUGCAGAGUCCUUCCAGCAACAGCUUGUUAUUCUGGGAAACGCGGCUGCCCUUGCAGAUGAACUUUUACCCCGAGCAGCUGCAAAAUUAAUUCCAUCAACUGGUAUGAAAGAGGAUACGCGUGUGAGAAGAAGUGUAGAAAGACAAUCAGUAGUAGCAGCUGCCAGGAUGCCAGAGCUGAAGGAUUGGAGGAGGCGAUUGCAACGGGGCUUUGAAAGAUUACGAGAUCAUUUUUGUCAGUAUCAUACCUUCGAUGUGGUAUACAAUGCUGAAGAGACUGAAGAUAUUCGUCUUACACCUGAGACAUACCUGAGACUCGAUUUUGAGGUGGAUGAAAACACAUGGCACCAAGAACCCAUGCCUACGCGAACUUUCCAGGCCUUUUACUUCAAGGUCACAACCAUCAAUCAAAUUGCGCAAGAACUCCUUGCUGGAAGGGAGAGGAUGACCAGUUUGCUGUGCAUGCGGCUAAGCGAAACAUUUGUAUAUUGCCUGUCUAAUGUUGAAGACUUCUGGGAUCUGAUUGAAGAGGGUGGAGAAAGAGCAAUUGGCCCCAUUGGACUCCAACAAUUCAUUUUGGAUAUGGAGUUUGUCAUGCAGAUAGCUGGCCAUUUACGCUAUCCUUCGAGGAUUAUGCGUCAAGUGAUCAAUGAUCUUUCUACACGGGCCAUUAGUGCGUAUUUGGCCACUGGGGCCGACCCAGAAGCGGUCUUGCCAGAGGAAGGUUGGUUCAUCGAAACGGCUAAGGAUGGUCUGCGAAAGCUUCGCAGCGGUUGGACUAAGGGUUCCAAUAUCAACGGCGAACCCGGAAGUCCCACGCAUUCUAUAUCUGCACAAUCUGUAUCUUCAGUACGAAGUGAAUAGUGAAAUUUGCGUGAGAUCAUGCACGCUUGGUGGGGCUCUUGAAAGAGUUUAAAUUUGAUAGACAAAUGGAUAAUUGACAACCAUUGUUGUCACAUACAUAGACCAGCGGGGAGAUAUUGACAAGGUUCUGGGGUCCUGUUUGUCGGAGAUUAUUCGGUUUGUAAAUGAUUAUGUUGGGACAUGUGAGGAGGCGUUUGCUUCUAAUUCAUCGCUUGAGAAGGUCCUGGUGCAGGAGGUAGACAAGGGCUGAGAAGACAGUGACCUUUUGGAUCGUUUCGUCAUUGACUCCUUGAUAUGAAUGUGGCAUUAUGGUGGAUCUACUCAUCUGUUUCAAGCGACACCUAGCAGAUCUUUUUAAGAAGCCUGUGUAAUAAAUCCCAUUACUUUCACGUUGUGCUGCAAAAAGGCUGUAAAAUAUAUUUCCUAUGACCAUUUUCAAAGCCAGUCAAAUUUCAUGGUAUUUGGAACGCUUGUUCAGCUGUGUUACAAAUACCUUUUAAGAGAAGUAAAAUUGUAGCCUUGAUUC